AUGUGCUACAGAAAUCAGGUCAUACGGUCAAAUACAUUCGGUUCCCAGUCGCAGAUGGAUGACCACUCCAUCCACCUUCUCUUCUCCGCCAACCGGUGGGAGGUGGCUCAGAGUAUCGAGCGAGAUGUCGACAAUGGAACCACUGUGAUCGUGGACCGCUAUUCUUACUCCGGGGCUGUGUAUUCGGCCGCUAAGGGCAACCCCAGCUUGUCUUUGGGGUGGGCCUGGCAACCGGAAGUAGGACUUCCACGACCAGAUCUGUGCCUUUUCCUCCAGAUCACCCCUGAAGAAGCCGCAAAACGCGGUGGGUUUGGUGCUGAACGGUACGAAAACGAGACCAUGCAGACCCGUGUGCGCGAACUCUUCAAGACGAUCUUCGAUCUUCAGCCAAGGGGGGAUGUGACUGUCAUCGAUGCUGGGAGAUCAUUCCAGGACGUGGCACAGGACAUGCGGAAGGCUGUAGAGGACCGCAUCGCCUGCUUGGGUCGAAUCGGUCCUUUGAGAAAACUCGGACCCAUUGCAGUCUGA